GCGAUGCCCUGAGAACGUUUACUAGGGCUUGCUCCACAGCCUACCAUAUUGGUUUCUUGGCACUUGCGCACUGUUUCUUUGAGUUGCUGAACGCUGGACACAUUCCCUCUACCUCGAACGCGCCAUCAAUCCCCACCGUAUCUACCAUGAAACACUUAUCACUGAAAGAAGCUUUACUCCCUCAGCCUCCCAGUUUCAUGAAAAAACAAUCAUAUGAGAUCCACGAAAUUCUUGGAUCAGGGACAUUUGGAAAAGUCAUGAGAGCGACAUGGCAAGUACCCCCUGAGCUAACCGAUGUUUCGCGGAAGGGGGCGUUCCCAGCAUCACCAUCAUCUCCGACUGACCACACCCCCGGUCGAUCUUCCAUUCCUCUUCUCCAUCCGCAUCAUAUGAAGAGGACCGUCUCUCGAGCAUCUAACUCUUCCACCCCUCCAUCACCAGGAGGACAUAACCACGUCGCAGUAGUGAAAGAGGUUGCAUUGAAGGUCAUUCCGAAGAAGAAAGUAAAGGGCAACGAAGCCGCUGUCUGGGGCGAGAUGGAUGUCUUAAGAGGUCUUGACCACCCCAAUAUUGUCAAGUUUUAUGAAUGGUUCGAGUCCCGAUCAAAAUACUAUCUUGCUUUUGAGCUAGCUGUCGGUGGCGAGCUUUUUGACCGUGUAUUGCAAAGAGGAAAAUUUACUGAGAGUGACGCCGUUACAGUUAUUCGGUCCAUCUUGUCGGGAGUGACGUACUUACACAAUCAUGAUAUUGUGCAUAGGGACUUGAAGCCCGAGAAUAUUUUGUACCGAACAAAGGACCCGGAUAGCGAUAUUGUAAUCGCCGACUUCGGAAUUGCAAAACAUCUGCAUUCUCCGGAAGAGCAGCUUCAUUCGCUGGCUGGGAGCUUUGGUUACGUCGCCCCCGAGGUUCUUAACAAGCAAGGGCACGGGAAAGCAGUUGAUAUCUGGUCAACGGGUGUCAUCGCUUAUGUUCUGCUCUGCGGUUAUUCGCCGUUCAGAGGAGGUGAUAUACACGAGAUGAUUAAGGAGACCACAGAAGCCAAGAUCGAGUUUCACGAGCAAUACUGGUGUAAAGUCUCCGAUGAGGCGAAGACAUUUAUUAAACUUUUAUUGAACACCAAUCCAUCGCAACGACCUACUGCACAACAAGCUCUGAACAAUCAUUGGUUGACGACGCACAAGGCUUCUACAGAACACGACGUCAUCUCGGGUCUCAGACAAAAUUUCGACGCCCGCAAGAGGUGGCGCACCGCUAUCAUGUCAGCGCGCGUUAUCAACCGGUUCGGGAGACGGCCAAGUUCGGCUUCAAGUACAGGCAGCGGCGGCUGGGGAGAAGACCACGUGCACGCUGACGGAGGCGAGGAAGACGGUGGAGAAGAUACUGCAGACGGCGAGUUCCACGACCUGCCCGACCAAAUUCAGGCAUCGCUCUCAUUAGGUGGGAUCGACCCAGGAUCAAAUGAGAAUGUAAAAGUCAUAGGGCCGGAUGAUAAAAGUGACCAGCUGGUGAGUCCAGUGUGAAAAGCGACACAGCCUUUUCAUCGCUUGCCGCCUCUCUCUUGAAAGAGAAAGCUGUUCACCUGGUGAAACAAGUGGAUACCUCAGAGUCGUACGUUGCAGCUGAUGACGAGUCAGAGCUGAAUGUUCCAGGAUACUUACAUGGAGGGAAGGUUCCAUGGCAGAGUUGUCCCCCCGUAUCUGGUCGGCACACGUGGUUUGAUGUGCCGAGGAAGUUUUUUGGAUUGUAAAGGUUAUCCCGUGGAUCUCGAAGUCAGCCGUAAGUUAUAUGUGAUGUAACACUACAUACAGCUUAAUAACCUAACUGCUAUUCGAUUCUGGCCGUUGUACAUACACAUUUCUCACCCAUGAAAUGAAAAG